AUGGAUACCAUUAUAGAAGUGGGAAGAACAGAUAUCCUUGAAGAUAUCUCAGAAACGGUACCCCUCAAUGAAAGAAGUUUACCUAAAACGGAAACUGGGAAUUUGAAUAUCUUAAACAAUAACAUGCGUCACGAAGUCAUCUUGCUAGACAUAUCUCGCGAUAAAAAAUGGGUGGCCAAUGUAACGAAGCAAAAUGGCAAUCUUUUUAUCACUAGGCGUGAAUUUACAGAAAUAGCAACAGGCUACAAUGAAGAAACCCGUAUUAUCCUUGAUAUUACCAAGACUAUAAAAGUUGUUAAAGGCCCUCACUGCAAGUUCUUAUCGAUAUCUCCGAAUGGUGAAUAUAUUGUUCUAUCAUUUUAUGAAAGAGUCCCACGAAAUAAUUCUGGUUAUCAUGAUCCAAAAAAUCCAUACUGCUAUGUAUUUAAGGUGAAAAAUAAUAUUAUAACUUUAUGCAGUGUAAAGAUAAAGUGUGAUGGUCGCGCUGUUUUUUUUCAUGAAGAACUCAACUCACUUGCCAUAAUCAACACAAAGGCUGUAGAGGUGUACGAAGAUUUUCCUAGCAAGAAAUAUGUCAGUUAUUUGCUUGAUUUAUCAUUGUUUUAUUCGGUCGAGUAUUGUCGAGAAGCGUUUGCAAUUGACUCCAGCUUUAUCGAAACUGUGACUUGGGUAGAUUAUGAUAAUAAUAACAUACCUUCAGAUAUGGAAGCUAUCAUUCAAAUUAGUCGACAUGCUCGACACAAUCUUUUGACAACACAUUUCAGAGGUGGUAUUGCUCGUGUCUGGUCCCUUCAAGAUGGUGUACGCUUGACCUCGUUUCCUGCUCCAAAACAAAGCAUUGUGGCAUUUUCUAAAAACUGCAAAUAUACAGCCACGUUUGUAGCACUUACUAAAUCUGUCAAAAUUUAUAAUGUCAAAAGUGGAUUGCUGGUUUACCAAUUGAAAUCUCAGAAAGGCUUUUCCGAAUCUUUUACGCUUACGCAUGUCCGAUUUUGUUAUGACGGUCGAUAUAUUGCCAUGUCGGGAUUGCAAGACAAUUGUGUGGUUUUUGAAGUAUGGUAUGUUGAGGCUGAGAAGUCUAUUUAUAGAAUAGAACGGCCUUUGGUACAUCCGGAAAGUAAUGUACGUAGACAUGGAAAUACACCAACAGGAAAAAUAAUUCAGCCGUUUGUUGUGCGUGGAACCAAUGAAAAUAACGAAAAGUGCCUUAAAGGAAUCUAUACGUCAGUCCAGGGAGAUGAACAUGUAACAAAUUCAAUUAUAUUAGAUAUUGAUCGAUAUGACGUGAGAAGGAGUACCGAGAAUCCUUCAAACCUGAUUGACUCGCCCCAACCUAUGCUUCUUGAUGAAAAUGAAAAUCAAGUGAACAACAUUGUUUUUAACUGGAUUAACGACGAAGGACUGCAAAAACCUUAUCUAGGAGCAGAGUAUGAGCUUUGUAACAACUUACGAGAUUUUAACAAUUUGAAAUGUGGCAUUUUAAAUGUUAAUGGAAAUCAGCUUCUGAUUCGUUUUGGUCUAUAUACCGUGCAACUUUGGGAAUUAUCUGGUCCAGCUAUUGGUCUGGUCAAUCCGUCCAAUAAUUUAAUAACUCCAGCCACUAAUAUGGAAACUGUGGCCUCCGAACAAGAAGAUAAACUACUCUACAUAAGAGCGUAUAAGGGACCGGACUAUGGUAUCAAAUACUCUUUUCGUGAAAACUGGAGAAUUCAAAGAUUUGAAAGUAUUCGAUUUAUUGGUGGGAUGGCUUCUGGGAGAAUGAUAGUAAAUAUCACGGAAAAUGAAACGAAAAAGUGUGAGCAGUUGACUCAUUAUCACACAGAGGAGUUAUUUCUGCCGCUGGAUGAUUUUUCUCUGCAUACAAACGUUAACGGUCGAAAGCCUUUUGAUUAUCAUAAGCUAGAAAGUGCAUGUCAGACACUUCAUUAUCUCACCGCUGAUGGAAUCGAAACGAAUUUUCAGAAAGAUAACUAUCAUAUGAUACUCCGCAAAACAAAAGAAUUAAUCGAAUCAGCUGUAAAAGACAUUGACAUUGAGUCUAACUUCUUUUCGACUAUUGCUGGGAGCAGGACACUCGCUAUGUUGGCUUCGUUUAAAGAUGGUAGACAAGUUAUCAAAUCGAUUUUAGAAAAAGAGAUACCCAUAAGUAUCUUCAGUUAUGCCCGGACGAUUAAAAAGGAGACCCCACACAAGGACAAAGAAUCAUUAAGGGAUAACAUAGUGACUUUAAAAAACCUUUUGGGGGUCAAAGCUGAAAUCCCUUCCUCAGUACCAGAACCCCCAUUAGCUUCAGAUUCAGCGGAAAUAACCUAUCGAAACUCUGACUUGAAUUUGAUAGUCCAACCACCGAAAAAUUUGGACAUGAUAGCCGGAAAUGAAAAUGUGUUAACUGUCCUCAUCGAAGAACUGGAUCACAAAUUGUACAAAUUUUUAUUCAAUCGUAUCCUAUCGGAUGCUAAAAAACUGGGCCCUGGAUGUUUCUUUGCACUUACUGACGCUCUUUUAUUUCUUCAGGAGGAAGAUAACACCGCACGAAAGGAUCCCAGAGGUGCUUCCAAAGUAUGCGUUGUCCCCCUUCCUCAAUUCAACAUAUAUACUAAACUUCCCGAAGAUCGGCCCAAGAAUCUGGAGUAUAAACUUGACAAUCUUAUUACUUACAAAACAAAGAGUGCAUUUGUCAAAGUUGCUGUAGAUCAAGAUUCCAAUAAUAUCUUCAAGCAAGGUGAUACAGUUUGUGAGGUGAUGGUACAGUAUAAAUGGGAAACGUUCGCUCGCUGGAGAUUCUGGUGUAUUUAUGCUUUACACGCCAUUUAUUAUGCUUCUUACGCCACCAGCGUUUUGUUUGCCUCAGAACUAUAUGGGUAUGAAGGAGCACCACUCAAAAUAGAGCAUCCUGGCCAGAUUACUUCGGUUUUUUUUAUGUGUGCGUCUCUUUCGGUGCUCGUCAUACAAGAGGGUCGCCAAUUUGCCAAAACAAGUUGUUUACACAGCUAUUUCUCAUCGGGAUAUAACUGGAUCGAUUUUUUUGCAUAUGUUUUCCCAGUAGUUACGCUUAUUCAAAUGAUACAUGGCGGAUCCUAUUUUAAUGAAAUUUGCAGUGUCAGUAAUUUAAUUCUGUGGACGCAUGGUAUUCUAAGAUUGCGUGUUAUAUCGUUUUUUGGUAUCACACUCGAAAUCAUCAUUCAGCUUUCGUUGCGUUUACAACUCGACGAUUUUUUUCAAGAAAAUUAUGCUGGCAAUUACACAGUGGAUGGUAGCGAGAACCCAAGCGGGACCGUUAACUUUGUUGAUGUUAGUGCGGAUAAUGGAUUUAGUAAUUGGUUCAAAGCAUUUUACCAAGUAUGGUUCUUUGUAUACGGUGUAUGGGAUCCAAUCAAUGAUGGUGAUGCAGGUGAUAGCUUUUUUAUUAUGUGUCUGUCUAUAUUAUUUUCUCUCGUUACUGUGGUUAUCUUCUUUAAUUUAUUGAUUGCUCUUAUGGCUAGUACAGCAGAGAGCGUGAAGAGUCGUGGUAAAAAAGUUUGGGUGAGCCAUUUCGCCGCCGUAGUAUCUGAAAUUGAACUCCUUUGGUGUAUGGAGAGUACGAGACGAAAUCGACAGAAUAAUCCUUCGUAUAUCUAUUAUAUAGCUUCCGAUAGUCAAAUCAAUCAAUACGAAGAAAUACUCAAAGAGGAGAACGCAAAACUUUCGAAGGAUUUGGGUAUCAAAAAUGCCAGUGACAACCAGGGUGCUCAUAGUUGUUGCAAAACAAAAUAA